ACAGGCAACCGACAUGGACCACCUCCACCGCUUGCCUCCGCCUCUCGCCAGCGGCGGCGAAGCUUUCGCCGCCUCAUGGUCUUUGCCUUGGCAACCUCAGGAAGCGAGCGGAGUCGCGAUGGUGGAGGAGCUGAAGCAAGCGCUCCUCCGGACGACCCUGGAGCUCGAGUCCACUCGCGCCACGGCCAAGGAGGAGCUCCGGAGGAUGGAGUCCCGGGCCCUCCACUUCUCCCGCCUGCUCGAAGCCGCCACCCGAGAGCGCGACGAGGCCCGCCACGCCCUCCUCCUCCUCCUCCUUCACCACACCGACCGCGGUCAGCCACUCCAGGAACCCAAGCCCAACCUCGGCCCCAACUUGGCUUUGGACGAGGGGACUGACGUCGCGGAGGCGGCAGCGGUUGCUACUGCUGCCGCGGAGGACGUGGUUGAGAGAAGCAACCGGGCGUCUUCGGCGGUGGCGGAGGUGGAGUUGGCGGCAGUGAGGAAGGCCCUGCCGGAAAAGGGGCGACUGGUGGAGGCGGUGAUGGGUGCGGGGCCGCUUCUGCAGACGCUGCUGUUGGCGGGGCCGUUGCCGCAGUGGCGCCACCCGCCGCCGAACCUGCGCAGCUCCGAGAUCCCGCCUGUGGCCAUCAGUCUGAACCCGAUACCGAAGAGGGAGAAGGACGGGGCCGGGUCUCCGUCGCCGUCCUCCUUUUGGAAUUCCUCAUCAUCCUCUUCCCCUGAAAGUGGCAGUCACCGUAGUGUCGGCGGGGAGGUCCAAAACGUCACGUUCUCUUAGAAAAAAUAUCAAAUGUGAUGAAAGCAAUUAACUGGGCACAUUCUACCGUAAGAAGGAUUCUGCAAGACACAUAUCUUUCCGAGUCACCCUUUCAUCCCCUUAAAUCUUUCCAGGAUUUGUUAUUGUAGCGGUAGCACUUGCCGAAAUAUAUUGUUCUCGAGAUAAAUCCAGCUCACCGGUUAACAGCUGUUGUUAGAGUUGUAAAUAUUUGUGUAUGAUAUAAAGAAAGAUG